GUCCCCAAUGGAAUCCCAGGGUCUGGAAUGCACAGCAAUCAGCCGCCCAGUGCGAGUGCCCCCAGGGGCCUACAUAAGGCAGGGAGAGCCCAGAGCCACACCUCCUGGACCAGAACCCAGAGCAGCUCUGCCCGCAGCACGAUGGUGAGCCCUUACUCCCUGCCCUACCUCCUCCUCCUGCCACUGGCUGCCUGCUUUCCUGUGCCGGACACAGAAGAGCCCGUGGACGCCGUGGGUGGCAUCGGAGGCAGAAUGAGCCGGGCGGACCUGGCAGGGGGACGCCACUUCCCCUGGGGCCCCCCUGGGUGGCCGAGAGCUCCACACUUACACGCCCUGCUCGUCAUGGCCAAGGAGCUGCGGACGUCGGGCAGAGCGUGUGCUGGCCUCAAGUUGCGGCUCGGGAGGCAGGAUGACGGCAGUGAGGCCACUGGCUUCAUCCUGGGUGACGGUGAGAAGGCUGGGGGCCCGUUAGGGACCCUGGCAGAGGAGCUCAACGGCUACAGCAGGAAAAAAGGCGGCUUCAGCUUCCGCUUUGGCCGGGGGUGAAGGGGCCAGAGCAUCCCAGAAAGGGCUCCUCCUGGACCUGCCCCCCACCCCCACCCCACCGCCGUUUCCACUCCCAUCUUCUUGAGCCUCAAAGACCAAGAUGCUGAGAAGGUGUGGGUCUUAUUAUAAUGACUUAUAACAGGAAUUACAAUAGCAGUAGGAUUGGUUAGGUGGGUGCUUACUUUUGAUUUCCAACUUCACUAAAGCAAAAUUCUGGAUGGUCAGAAAGGAGGUGACCAAAAGCAAGCCUCGGUUAAGAAGAGAACACCCCCGCUGGUGCAGCUGCCCAGAAGACUGUUGUAUUUCAGACCCUCUCCCCUGGGGGGCUGGCUCUGAGCAGUCCCCUGGCCCCCGUGGCAACGAGCCGGGGAUGCGUUGGGCUGUGAAGAUGCACAAGGCAGAGCUGGCUGUGCUGGCACCAAGUUGAAGGUAGGUGGACUGAGCGAUUACAGUGGGAUUAUCAAAGAUUAGACAGUCUCCAUCGGGACAUCUGUGGUUGAUAUCCAAAGUGCAACUGUGAGCGAGCACAUUCCACUGGGUACAGACCAUGGUUCUGAAAGUUAACAAUGGAAAAAAGAAAUCUUGUUCUCCAUCCCAUUAACACAACAUCCCUCUGGCAAGAAAACCUUGCUGUGGUGUUGAGAUGCCAUUUGGAACCAGCUGCCCACCCCCUGACAACGGUCCUUCUCGGUGGUACAGCGUUUGCCAAGCCAAGUGUCCCAUGGGAGAUGAACGAGGCAGGAGUACAUUUUUGCUGUAGCAAGGUUGCAUUUCCAAUGUUCAGACUAUGAAUGUGUUGUAUCUUUUGAAAUAAAAGUUGUAACAACUGCA